AUGUCUUUUUAUAACUUCUUUAAACGAUCGAAAAAUAAAUCAAACUGUGAACUAAUCAAGAAGUCAAAGAAAACCCACCAAUCAAAUUCAGACAGUGGAUGGGGUUGGAUAGUUGUUAUAUCAUCAUUCAUAAUCCAGUUGGUAAUUGAUGGAACAUUUAGUGGAUAUGGAGUUUUAUAUUUAUCUCUCCGUAAUGAUGAAGCAUUCAUCAGUAAAAAUUAUUCACAAACAAUAUUAUCAAUUCCCGGAACUAUUCAGCCAGGCUUUUUUCUAUGUACUGGUGCUUUUGUUAGUCCACUUAUUCGAAUGUUUGGAUUUCGUAUUAGUGGAUGUUUCGGAGCUUUUUUACUUGGCCUCGGAAUGUCAGUUGCAAGUUAUCUCGACAAUAUACACAUUUUCACAAUAUUCUAUGGAGUGAUAUCAGGUUCAGGAUUCGGUAUUCUAAUGGUUUGUGCUAUAGUUGCAGUCAAUUAUUAUUUCGAUCGAUAUCGUGGUAUGGCAUCGGGUAUAGCUAUGUCUGGUGCAGGUAUCGGUACGCUAUCAAUACCAGUUUUUUACAAUUGGAUUAUACAUGUUAAAGGUUGGCGUUCAAGUCUACUAAUAUAUUCAUUGACUGCAAGUUUACUGACAGCUCUAGCCUCGCUCACAUUUAAACCAUUUGUUACAGCUAGCCUAGAUAAUGAUGUUGAACAAUCGGGAAUUAUUGAAGAUAUGAAAAAGUACAAUCCAAAUCAAAUGUCUACUGUUAAAAAUGUUCCUGAAAUUCACUGCACCGAUGAACAUGAGUCAGAGUUAGGUGAUAUAAACUCAAACAAAACCAGUGAUAUGGCUAUUCACUUAAACAGUAGACUUGAUGACUAUACAUUACACUGUACACAAGAUUCUAUAAAAGAAGAAAUAGGAGGAAGAAAUGAACAAGAUAAAAAUAUUUCAGAUCAUGUAAACACUCAAUUGAAUAUUGAUAACUAUGAAAAAACUUCAAAUGAUUGUAGUAUAAAAAAAGACGGAAAAUUUUCCAUUGGAUUCGCUAAUGCACUACGUCAGUAUUUAUUGAAUCAGAGAGAAUCAACAGCACUACCAGAAAAUGAUAGUGAUGCGGAAGAUAUGGAGUCUAUGAUUGGUUCAAGGCUGUGGAAGUCAAGUUUGGGAUUUAGACGAUCUAAACCGUGGUAUACAAAUCGUCAAGAGCAACCCUCUCAAUCUGACCAACAGCGAGAUUAUGUCAAACGCUCAAGACGUAUGACAACAGCAACAACAACAACAAUUGAUCCAACUGUAUUUGAUCAUAUUCACUCAAGUUAUAUUUUGUCACCUAUAAAGAAGUCUAGACGAAAGAAACUUAUUUCCCAGUUAUCUACUCCAUUUGAUAAACCAGAUGCAUUUUAUUCAGCUAGCUUGGCAAGUUUAAAUCCACGAUCCUCUCAAAUUCUUGUUGCUUAUAAGAAAUCUAAAGUACCUUCAGUAUAUAUGAAUUCAAAUUCAAUGGGUCUGGCAUAUUCACAUCCUUCCAAACCAUCUUUAGUUUAUGCUACAGAAUUAAUGAGUAAGAAACGAAGUACUACUAAUGACUUUAUUAGUAGUAAUGUGUCAAUUCAAUCAUUUUCUACACCAUUAUCGAAUCAACACAACGAACAAGAACACGACCAACAACAACAAGAGACAAUGAAUUCUCUUGAUAGUCAAAUUUAUAAAUCAUCCCGAAGUAAUAUUUCUCCUGAAUUCAAUGUUAUCGAAGAGAAUAUACGAGAAGAAGAACUUAUUACUGAUAAUAAAAUUCAAGGCAGUACAGAACCUGACUAUCCAGCAUCCGAAUUAGUAACACCUACAUCGAAGAGAUACUUAGCAGUAAUUAGCGAAAAGACAGUUAAAUUAUUUGAUUUAGGCUUAUUUACAGAAGCUUCAUUCUUAUAUUUAGUUGGAAUCGGCAUUACAAGUCAGUUGGCGUAUUUCAUUCCAUAUGUUUAUUUGAUUGAUUGUGCGAUAAGUUACGGGAUGGAACAAAAUCGUGCUGUUUUUAUUCUUAUGAUAUUGAGUAUACUACAUACAAUUGGUAGACUUAUAUCUGGUAUUAUGGCAAACAUUUUUCAUAUGGAUUCAGUUUAUUUAAGUGGAUUAGCAACACUUAUUGGUGGAUUGGCUCACCUGUUUCUUGUCUUUAUAUUACCACCAACAUUUACAUGGUAUGCAUUAUAUGCAAGUGUAUAUGGAUUAUGCAGUGGAAUACCUAUUCCACUUAUUCCAAUACUUUUAGUUCGUUUCAACGGUCUUGAACGUUUAACAACAAGUUUUAGUAAUUUAAAUCUACUAAAAGGUAUUGCAUCAAUGAUUGGACCAAUUGUAGCCAUUAGUAUAGUUGAAAAGACUGGCCAAAAAGAUUAUUACUUUCUUGUUGCAGGCGUAUGUUAUGUUACUUCAGCUCUUUUACAUCUAGGAUUAUUUCGAUAUCCAUGUUCUACUCAACUGAAUGAAGAAAAUGAUGAUCCAUAUGCUAAAUGCUAUUUAUUCCCUAAUAAAUUGAAAUCUACACAGAAAACUUAA